CCGCCCUCACCCCACUCCUCCUCCUUCUCCUCAGGUCAUCCACCCCUUUCCCCAUACUCAUCUCUUCAUUCCCCGUCUGACACCAGUGGAAACAAACACUCUGCUUAAUUCAGUUCAGUUGUCAGAGCUGCUUCAUUACGUGGCGCACCAGCAGGUAGCAGCUGCCAAAGGCUCCGAUAAUCCUCUGGCGUGGAAAGGAUCAGGGAGAAGGUGGCGUCUACUUUCGGCGAGAAGGAGGAGGACACGUUGGACAGGUAGCUGAUUUCUGGGAUCGUAAUCUCCAUCUGUAAUGAGGCAUGGGGCAGAUAUCGCGUACUUGAAAACUGAUGGAAUACAGAUUUGGAGAACUGCUCCUGUAGAAGAAAAGUCCUGGCUUCAUGGCAACACUCUCUCAAAGAUGGGAUUUUGGCUUCUGUAAGGACUCGCAACUCGAGGCAACGCAGCUUCUCCUCACAUUUAUGAAUCAUUACAGAGGAAUCUGUUGGAUAAACAUCUUUUUGAGGCUGUUUUGGAAGUGAUUGCUGUGUAUAUAAAGGAUGUGAGACAAGAACCUGCGCCGUAAACAUUUAACGUGCGCACGAACAGCUGCUUUUCUUCAGAUCUACAUAUAUGUAUUUUUAUGAGUAAUAGUUUGCGGGUGUUUUGAGUGACACAUUGGUUGACGGAUCCCUUAAUUGCUCGUUUUUGUGUGUGUGUGUGUGUGUGUGUGUGUGUGUGGAAGUGUAACAUUGGUGGAGAGAACAGCUAAUGGGUUUCUAUUCACCGAGCUCAUUAUUUAAGGGCUAGUUAGUCAUCACAAUACAGAUUCCUUCUAUGUCAUGCUUCGUUUUAUGGAAAUAAGUUGGUAAAAUAUGACAAUUCAUGACUGAUACUAAAGUAAAAAUGUGAUUCUGGAGGAUUUUUGAGGACUGGCUUACUAAACACUCGAUAUUUGAGGCUGGUACAGUCUGUGAGAACAUUCUCUUUCUUCAAACUUUGCACCGGUGUCAGAGCAGAAUGAGGAUAUUUGGAUAUUUUUUUCACCAUCGCUGGAUUUCCAGAGGAUCCUGUGAAUGAAUAUCCAAGAUUUUUCAUAAACUUUUUUUUUCAUCUUAAAAAAGAAUAAGAAAGGGCUGGAAUAUUGAUCAGUACCAAGAGGUCAGCUGAACACACACACUGUGGAGUCUGGAUAAGCCGUGCAGACGGGGCCCAAUGCUUCUCCUCAUUCUAAGAUGAAGUUAUGGAAGUUUGCUGCCAUCGGCCUGAUUCUCUGUGGUGCUGCACUCCUCCUGCUCGUCCUUAAAGUCACGCCCUCUUCCAGAGCCCCGCCUCUUCCUUCAUCCUCAUCAACUUCUCUUACAGUCAGUAAUUCAUCCUCUUCCAUUGAGUUUGGUGGGCGACAACGGAGAACCAGAUCAGCAGACGGAGAAAACUCUCUUGUCUCAGAAUUCAUGGAGAUGUUCCAAAGCUUCACAGAGGGUGAGCUGAAGCAAGUCAUCGGGACGCUGGUGGAAAGGAAAGCCCACAGAGAUGCCCAGCUGAGCAAAAGGACUAAACGUGCAAAAAAGGGAUCCAAACCCUGCUCGCUGCGGAAGCUGGUGGUGACAGUCAGCCAGCUUGGGAUUGCCUUUGUCAGCGAUGAGACCAUAGCCUUCCAUUACUGCAGUGGCGAAUGCGACGCUAGCCGUAAAAACUACGACUUUGUCUUGGAAGCCAUGAAGAAGAAGGGGCUGCUCCGAAAGAACAAGGCUCGCCACAGACCCUGCUGUCGGCCUACAGCGUAUGAGGAGGACUUUCUUUUCCUUGAUAACUCCUUUCAGUACAAGACCAUCCACGAGUUCUCAGCUAAAGCGUGUGGAUGUAUCUGACAUUGAGGAUCUGAAUACUAAGAUGUUUUAAGACAAAUGAAGAAUAUAGACCCUUGUUUCUGGGAAGGCUAAACAUAUGUCUUGCAUUGCCUUCAUUUAUAAGACUUGGCUGACAAAUUCUCCUCAGCUUCUGCCAGUCUUGAUGAAGAGAAAUGUAUCAAGAAAAUAGUAAUUGUUCCCAUGUCUUGUUGUUGAUAAUGAGAUGCUGCUGUAUAUCUUGAUUAUAAUUGCCUUCGUGGGUCUAUUUUAAAUAGUUUGAAACGUUGGAUGAAUGCUGAGCGCAGAGUUUAAAAGUAGGAAACCUCUAGAAGAUUCAAUCUGGGCUUUAGCAAACAAAAGCAAAGGCACAGCAAAUGAACAAAACUCUGUGUAAAUAAUCCCAGCAUUUCCGCAAAGUUUCAGCUCUGAGCAUUUGACUUCAAAGUUAAACAAUCCCACAAAUUAAGUUCAAAAUACCUUUUUUUUUUUUUUUACUGACAUCUACCUCAGCUUUGAUAAACUCGGCAUGGCUUUGUAAAAGAAAACCCAAUAUUAUAGCAAGUAUUAAAAAGUAAUAAAUAUUCUAAAUAAACAAUGCUUAUAAAGGAAUCAGCAAGAAUCCUAAUGAUCUGCUAAAGGCUGGAAUACACACCACUUGUAAAAUCUCAACACAAUUUACGUUAGGUUAAAACACACACGGAACACUUAUGUGAAAACUUAUAAUAUUCCCUACACACAGGGCCGGAGCAAGCUGAACUGCCGCUCUAGGCAAAGGAUGGUCACGCCGCCCUCAAACCUAAAGUGAAAACGGGGGGGUUCUCUAUUCUGACGCACUAGACGUGGAUAUAACUGAAGGCGCGUGUGGUGAGGGUAGUGUUGCGGACACCGCUCUCUCUAUUAUGCUGCCCCAGACGCGGAUAUAACUGAGGGCACGGGUGGUGAGGGUAGUUUCAGGGACGCCUCCCUCUCU